CGUCACAGGUCGACAGCAUCAGCCUGGGAUGGAGGGCGCGGGCAGCGGCUGGGCGGCCGAACUCACCUCCCCCUGCGCGACGCUGCAGGACGCGAGCGGGAACGACACGGCGCGGGUGUUCGAGGUGCCGCUGCGGAACGGCUCCUCCGGGCGCAGCCCUCAGUUUGUGGGCGUGGAGCUGCUGCAGUCCUUCAAGCUGCUCAUCAUCCCGUGCUACACGCUGGUGGCCCUGGUGGGCGUGUUCGGGAACUACCUGCUCCUCUACGUCAUCUGCCGCACGCGCAAGAUGCACAACGUCACCAACUUCUUCAUCGGGAACCUGGCCUUCUCAGACAUGCUGAUGUGUGCCACGUGUGUCCCCUUCACGCUGGCCUACGCCUUCAACCCACACGGCUGGGUGUUUGGGCGUUUCAUGUGCUACCUGGUUUACCUCAUCCAGCCCGUGACGGUGUACGUGUCUGUCUUCACUCUCACCGCCAUCGGUGUUGACAGAUACUACGCCACGGUGCACCCGCUGAAAAAGCGCCUCUCGGUCUUGGCGUGCGCGUACCUCCUGUCCGGGGUCUGGCUGCUGUCCUGCAGCCUCGUGGCUCCGGCGGUGGCUCACACCUACCACGUGGAGUUCAAGAACGAGGGCUUCACCAUCUGCGAGGAGUUCUGGAUGGGCCAGGAGCGGGAGAGGCUGGCGUACGCGUACAGCACGCUGCUCAUCACCUACGUGCUGCCGCUGUCCGCGCUCUCCAUCUCGUACCUGUGCAUCUCCGUCAAACUGCGCAACUGCGUCGUGCCGGGCCACCACACGCGGAGCCAGGCCGAGGCGCAGCGCGUGCGCAAGCGCAAGACCUUCCGCCUCGUGAGCCUGGUGGUGGCGGCGUUUGGCGUGUGCUGGCUGCCCAUCAGCGUCUUCAACGUCCUGCGGGACAUCGACAUCGACCUGAUCGACAAGCGCUACUUCCUGCUCAUCCAGCUGCUCUGCCACCUGUGCGCGAUGAGCUCGUCGUGCUGCAACCCUUUCCUCUACGCCUGGCUGCACGACCGCUUCCGGGCCGAGCUGCGCAAGAUCUUCACGUGCCGCCGUCGCAUCGGCAUCUCGGCCAACAACUGUGCCACGGCCAGCGUGGUUUUGUAGACGCUCCGGAGACUCCUGUGAUGAAAACAAACACAGAUUCCCACUCUGCUGGACUGUGUUUCUCUGUAUAGUUGUGUUUCCACCGUUCAUCUGAGGACCUCACCGUGCACAUUCGUCAGUGUGAUGGGAUAAAAACCUUCAUGAUGCUGAUAGUUUUGCUUGACAGAGCCCAUUCUCUGAAGGACGUGGCAAACAAAGACCAAACAGAGGCAGAACAAAAGAAUCUGGAUGAGUUCUUCAAGCCCACAGCGUCAACUGUCACGUAGCUAAGACGCAAUCUCCAUGCAA